CAUGGUGGUGAUUCUCAAGAGUCUCUUGCCCGGCUGCCUUUUCAACAUCAUCGGCUUCGGCUCCACUUUUAAAUCUCUUUUCACGACCAGCCAGAACUACGAGGAGGAUGCCCUGGCGCUGGCCUGCGAGUACGUUAAGAAGAUCCAGGCAGACAUGGGGGGUACCAACAUCCUGGCCCCGCUCAGCUGGAUCCUGAGGCAGCCCAUGUUCAGUGGACACCCCCGCCUCCUCUUCCUGCUCACAGACGGGGCCGUCAGUAACACGGGCAGCGUCAUCGAGCUGGUGCGCAGCCACGCACGCUACAUCAGAUGUUUCACGUUCGGCAUCGGGCAGACGGCCUGCAGGAGGCUGGUGCAGGGCCUGGCCUUGGUGUCCAGAGGUAGCGCAGAGUUCCUGUCUGACGGAGAGCGGCUGCAGCCGAAGAUGAUAAAGUCCCUGAAGAAGACCCUGUCUCCAGUGCUCAGUGAUAUCUCCAUCGAGUGGCUGUUUCCUGAGACCAAAGAGGUGCUUCUGUCCCCCGUGGGCAACAGCUUCCUGUUCCCAGGGGACAGUCUGAUCGGAUACAGCGUCGUCUGUGACACGACGCGCUAUCACACGAACCCCAAGUCUGAUAAGAGGAUGAGAUACUCUAUGAUGCGCUCCAUCGAGUCAGCCAGCUCCGUGUUUUACCACUCUCAGGAGGAGGAUCCGCUGAGGGCCGGAGACAGUCAGUGUGAGUCCUGCAGGGACUCCAUGAGCCACAGCCCGGCCCCCGCAGAGCAGGACCCCGCGGGGCUGGAUUGUCAGACGUCUCCCAGAAGGCGUGCGUACAGCACCAACCAGAUAACGGACUACAACUCGGCCAAGAAGACCCUCACCCCCAGUGACCCUUCCUCUGUGGGGCCCAAGAACCCCCUGAGGAGAGCCAAAGUCCAGGAGCUUCUUGGGCAGACGAGCCCCGAUCACGAGGCCCGCUGGAGGAGCGACUACCAGCCGCAGCCGGCGAGCCUGUGCGCCGGGUUUUCUUCCAGAGGGCUUCCUGCCGGCAGCCAGUGGCCGCUGCUGAAGCAGGAAGCCUCAUACUCAGAGCUUCAUCCUCUGGCCGCCGGCAUCAUGUCUGCCGGGGACGAUGGAUCCAGGUCGUCCUCUGACAGCCCGUCUGUCGGCAGCGUCGGAGACACAGAUGGAUAUGGACACCAGCUGUGUCAGGCAGAAACCCUGCAGGAGGUGCGGCCGUCAGACCCUGGAGCAGCCGACCCGCUCAUAGGCGACUGUAAGGCUGUAGUGUCCGGCCUGCUGUGUGGGCGGGCCGCCAGCUGGGAGGUCGUCUUCGACAUCGAGCCCUUCCUGAGUGGCCGGGAGCGCGAGGAGAAGGUUCAUGAGGAGCUGUGGAACGAGACCUUCCACCACAUGGCCGGGCGCUCCAUCAUACGUGACUUCGAGAACAUGGCGGAUAAAGAGUCCUCAGGCAGGAAGUACCAGCUUUAUGCGGUUCACACCAGCAAGGCCUGCAACAUCCUGAGCAAACACACAGCGUUCGUUCCCGUCGACCUGGACACCAACGAGUAUCUGCAGACGUGCAUUGAAUACAUGAACCCUGGUGAAGGGCUGAAGAGAGGCUCGCGGUCGAGCUCUCGCUCAGGGAGCAGGAAGACCCGAGGAUACUCCGUGGGGCUCGGCCGCUCGCAGUCUGGAGGCGUGUCGGAGGACGAGCUCCUGCACAACAGUGGAGAGGACGGAGUGUCUCCCUGUAGCACGCCCACCUCCGCCGGCUGGGAGCGCUGCAGCUUCACUGAGGUCUCCCAGAGGAGUCCCUCCGUCACCUCAGACCAGUCCCAGAAGUCUGUGGAAAGCUUCUUCUCCGCCCGGCUGGCUCUCACCAGGACUCGCCUCCUGACUCGAGCGGCUAAAGGCUUCAUGUGUCGGUCUCACAGCAAGUCUGGAGAGUCGGGAGAGAGCGACACCGAGAAUAAAGACUAUAUCCCUCUGGUGUUGCUGCAGUUGGCUAGCGGUGCGUUUCCGCUGGACGCUGCGCUGUGUUAUGCCAUCAACGUGCCCAUGGAGAAGCUGAAGUGGACGUCCCCCUUCAGCAACCACCGCAGUAGCCUGGCCCACCCGUCUCACUGCAGCAGCCGCCGCGCCGAUCAUGGAUUUGGAUCCCUGUGUGAGCCAGAAACAGAGCUCACUGUGGGCAUGCUCAGCCCGCCUCAUUAUCCUUCCUCAUUAGGCAGUCCUUGCUCAACCGGCGAGCCCCUACUCUCACAGGCGGACAGCGGACGGGGCUCUGGGUCAGGGGGCUUGGAAACGGCAUCGCUGAAGAGGCUGCUGGAUGCAGAGAGCAUGGUGUGGGCCACGGCGGUGGCCCUCGCCUGGCUGGAGCACAGCUCUGCCAGUCAUUUCAUCGAGUGGGAGCUGGCAGCCGCCAAGGCCAGCAUGUGGCUGACCGCGCAGGAAAUCCCAGAAGGCCGAGACUUGGCGUCCGUCAAGGCUGCCGCCAAUCAGCUGUUCAUCAUCCUCAGACACUGGGACGAAAACCUGCAGCUGAACAUGCUGUGUUACAACCCCAACAGUGUGUGAGGGAGGGGACACACCUCUCAGUACUUACGAUACUAUGCUGUUUGUCCUCUGGAGUCUGAUUUAUCCGUUGCAGUUGUGAACAACUUGUAGUUUCUUCUGUUUGUGUGCUGUCCCUCUAAACAUAUCAGAGGCACCGGCUGUUACCUCGCUGGUGCCACUUCUCAGUGUUAAG